GGCAGCCGGACGCUUGGCGGAUUGGAAGGAACCAACUCGCAAGAGGUCGGGACUGUUUAGAGACAGCCGUGGGGUGGUGGGGAGGAUCCUCAAGACCUGGAGUCUCGUCUGAGCGCGGGGGUGGACUCUCCGGCCCGCGCGGUUACGCGUCACCCUGCCUCCUCCCCUACCCCUCGAGCUCCGCAGUGGUGCGUGCCGGUAGCGCGCGCCGCUUGAAGCUCGGGGCGAGGCGGCCGGGACCCGGCUUGGCAAUUCGGUGCGCCAUGGACGCCCAGCGCGCUGAGGUGCGCGCCUUGGAGGCGGAGAUUGCGGCGCUACAGCAAGCGUGCAGCGAGCUGCCGGCGCCCUGGGAAGGGACGGCCAGAGACCGAAAAUCAUUUCAAGAAACAUACCAAUCAGAUACUAAGAAAUGUGAAUCUUCAAAAGAUCUAAAAAGUCAGCUUGGACAUUUAAAAUCAGAACUUUCAUUUCUAAGUACACUAACUGGUUUCAAUAUAAGAAAUUAUGCCAAGCAGACAGAGGACCUAACAACGACUGAGAUGACAGAAAAAGGUAUAAAGAAAGUUGUACAGAGACACAGAUUAUCAGGAAAUUGCCACAUGGUUACAUUUCAACUUGAAUUUCAAAUUCUAGAAAUUCAGACUAAGGAGAAUUUAUCUUCUGUCAUUACUGAGCUCAACAUAAUAAUGGAACCCACAGAAUAUUUAGAAUUAAGUGAAUUUGUAUCUAGAGCUGAAGAAAAAAGAGAUUUAUUCAUGUUCUUCCGAAGCCUACAUUUUUUUGUGGAGUGGUACAAGUGUCGUAAGCGCACAUUUAAACAUUUCAAGGAGAAGUACCCCGACACUGUGCACCUCUCGGAGGGGUCCUGCUCCAGCUGCAUGGAGAUCCGCAGCGCCAGGAGGCCAGGGUUUGAAUUGGUGAUUGUUUGGAGAAUACAGAUAGAUGAAGAAGGGAAGGUUUCACCAAAGCUGGACCUGCUCACCAAAGUCCCUCAGCGAGCUCUGGAGCUGGACAAGAACAGAGUCCUAGAAACCGCCCCUCAGAGCUUCCGAACCCUGCUAGAAGUGCUUGGAAUUGAAGCCGCUCUAGAAAGCCUGAUAAAAUUACUUUGUGCAGAGAAUGACUAGUUCCCACACAGGGAAGGAACAAGAUGGUGCACCGAAAAGCGUGCGACCUAUAUUGACUCUAAGUGUACUAUCUACCUUCCCCUCAGAAACCACACCCUUAGCUGGAUGCAUUUGACACCUGCCUACCAUCCCAGCUACUUGGGAGGCAGAAGGAUCAAGUUUGAGUCCAGCCUCAGCAACGUAGACCCCGUCUCCAAAGAAUAAACCAAUGCUGGGCACGUCGCUCAGUGGUAAAACGAUUGCCUGGCAUGCAUGAAGCCCUGGGUUAAGGCCCCAUCACUGCCCAAAACAAGCUGUGUGCAGUUAUGCUACAUCAGACUCUCAUGGCGUGAAAAAUACAGCUGUUCAUGUACAAAAUGUCAAACAGAAUUGAACAUUUGAGAAGACAUACCAAGAGUGGUUCUCCCUCCCUUGAUGUGUGUGGACCAGCUUGGGCCCCCACCUCACCUCACAGUCUGCCCAGAGACGGAGCCACGCGUGGUCCAGCCCUGAGAAGCCAUCCACCUCCUGCCACCUGGGGGGUCUUGGAGGCAGUUGUUGAUGGAGCUUCAUUUCUUAACAUUCCUCAGAAGCCAGAGCAGCCACGCCUGCCCCGCUGGCUGCACAGCAGCACCUCUAAGUCCUGAACCUCUUGGUCUCCCCAGAAUCUGCACGGCUGUUAACGUCAAAACAGUGCCAGAUGACAGCCACCCAGCACUGCUCCCUUCUCACAGGACCUUCACUAGAGAACCCCAGAGGGCCUGAGUGCUACACCAUAAUUUCAGAUGAGAACUAGAGCUGGGAGCCCCUCCAUCACCCGUAAGUCAGGGUCAGUGAGGGUUUUCACGCCAUUGGGGCAUCCUGGAGUCUGAGCACAGCAGCGGGGACGUGGCAGGGCUGGAGACCAGCCUCAGCACCACCUGCCAGACGGAGGGCCGAGACCUAGGCUGGGGCGCUCCCUCCUCCCUCCUAUGAGAAUACAGCCUGCUUGUUUUCAUUCCGCCCAUCCAGCUGGAUGAGGCCCCUUGCCAGGCUGUAACACUACUCCCCAGCCCACCUCCCCGAGAGCCUGGGGUUCUGGCAGAGGGAUGCUACCUCAAGAGCAUGGCGUAGCCCAGGACACAGUGCACCACCUUGUGCAGAAACCUGUCCCAAGUGACGCCGCCCAGGCCCGCAGCAACAAACCAUCCUGAAUCCAAACAGUGCUAAUGGCCACUUCCCACCCUCCACAGCCUCGAGCUGAGCUUUGUGGACGUGACUGGGGGUGGACCUCCAAAGCCCCACCCUAGCACACAUACCACGCAAGCUGAAGGAAAAGGGGCCAGUGUGUCCAGACACAUGACUAUCUUUUUGUGCCCGAGUAUAGAAUAAAGCAAAUGUAAGGACAGAAUUCAAGAAUCAAUUCUAGAAGAGUUGGCUUGAUUCAAACAAGUGUAAUUCUCAAGUUAUCGCAAAAUUUCCCACAAAAAUUUUACAAUCAACAAAAUAUUUUCAUUUUUCAUGUAGCAUUUUCAUACAAUUCCAUGGUUUCACUAAUAUUAUGUUACAAUAAGCCUUCAUUAGUCCCUCAAAAUUAUAUAAAUAAUCAGUCUGUACAACCUGCCAUGGGGAAGGGGAGGCCAAGAGUCCCAACAAUUUUAUAGCAGCCGGGCACACUUCUGGUGAUCCCAACAAGAACCCUCUGCACCAGCUAGGAGCCACCAGCUAGGAGCCACCCAUCUUCCAGAAGCAGGGCCCGUGGCAGCCCAACGGGAAUGGCAAGGCUCUGGGGCCCACACCCAAAAAAGCCCCCAGGCAAACCGAGGGGAGGAGUGCAGCUUGGGAAGUCCCUCGACCACCCUACACGACGGAGUGCUACCAGAACGCUGGGACACCGGGCGUGCCCACCCCAGCCAGCCGCGGCAGCCUAGUGAGUUACAGCUGUGCUCCCAGCUUCCACAGUAGCGAUUUCAGGUAGGAAAGAACACUUUAUCUCCCCCUAGAGUUAAAAAUCAUAAAGCAAAAACAAAAAGUCAAUGCUCUUGUGAGUGGUGUCCAUCCUGACCUGAGUCUCACACUCCCUGCUGACCCUUAAGAGCCUUGAGCUUCGGCACCUCCACAGGGACCCUGAGUCUAGACCACUCAGAACCGACGUCCACACUAACUUCUGAUCACUCUCUGCAGCAGGGAACCACCCAAAGCCUGUGUUGAUAUGUGGCUCAAAUUGAAAAAGUGACCAGUAACAACCGGGAAAGUUCCAGUGGUAUCUGUUUUCCAAAAGUUCAAACCAUAAAAUGCUUGUGACAAUUCAAGCUUUCUACGUCAGGAAUCUGGUGGUAAGAGAUCCAAACCUUGGUCUUAUAAGGCUUUUCGCAUAGAGAAUUAGACAUGAGCCCUGGUUGAAGGAAGAACUACCCAGGAUGUCUUCCCAGGGCUUAACGGACACUUCCGAUUUAAGAAUAUGAGCAGCCUCCUGGGACACCCCGCU